UGGGAGCAGUAGUUCAAUUUCUAAUAUUAUAUUAAAUUGGAAAAAAUUGAAGAGUAAUAUUGUUUUUAAAAAAUAAUUUUGCUUGCGAGAAUUUUCAUUUAUCGCCAGAAAAAGGAAGACAGAGAAUCGGACGACGACGAUGUGGACUGUGAAUCCGGUAACAGUACCGAUCCUAUUCCUCCGGCGACGGCCGGGCGCUGUAUUCGCCAGCAAGACACAGCAUCCGCCGCGUAUUCACCGCCGGAGCUACCAUCGACGCCAACAUGCUCCGCCGAAACCUGAAACCUCCGCGGCGGAAACCGUCGGUGGAUUAGGCCAAAAGAUCAUCGCCGCCGCAGAUUCGAACCGUAAGCAGAACAUCCCGGAGGAGAAGCAGAAGGAAGAAGAAGAAGAAGAAGAAGAAGAAGAGAAAGAGAUGAGCGGAUCCGACGUGCUCUGGGCGAUGGAGAGAGCGGCGGCUCAGAGGAAGAAAUCGAGCGCCGAGAAAAGGAAGAAGAAGACAGGUGGAGAGUUAUCAUCCUCUGCGGGAGUGUCCACCGGAGACGACGGUGUGGAUUACAGUAACGUGAGGCCGUUACAGAUAAAGGGCGAAUGGGGGCCCAAAUUGGAGGAACUCGAGAAGCUUCUCGGAGAGCUACAAGAAUCGGCCCUUUGACAUUUUGCCCCCUAACUUUUCAAUAUUUCCGAAUCCGGCUGUAAUUUUCUGAUGCUUAAUUUCACGCCCAUAUUUACCAAAUUUCUCU